AGAGAGAGAGAAAAAAGGAGCUCGAAACGAAGAGAGAAGAGGAAAAAAAAAAAAAAAAAAACCUAAAAAGGAAACCUUUCUCUCUCCGUAAAAGAUUUUCCUGGAAAAUCUCUCUGAUUUUCUCGACGGUUUGUAACUAAACGAUCUGACCUAGGGUUUUCAAUUCUCCAAUAGGAGGGAGAAAGAGGGGGAUUCUUUUUGAAUUUUGAAUUCCUGGAAGUGGAUUCGAAAUGUUUAUCGGAUAUGUGAAUUUGUUUCGAUUAUAGGUCCGAUCUUGAAGUUAGGGCUACAAUUUGGAGGGUAAGGCAAUGGAUGUGGAUUCGGGGAUGGUGACAGAGAACGAUCACGAUCAGAGCCACGGUGGUGCGUCGCAAUCUCCUGCGCCGAUGGAGAGGGAGCAUCAGCAGCUAGACAGUCAGCCGUCGCCUGCUGGGACUGCUGGAUCUCCAGGUCCUGCACCGCAUCCUCCGGCUCAGCAGCAGGCUGCGGCCGUGCAGGUGCAGCAGCAGCAGCAGACGCAGGUGGUGGGGCCGAGAUGCGCGCCUACGUAUUCUGUGGUUAAUGCCAUAAUAGAGAAGAAGGAGGACGGUCCGGGCCCGAGGUGUGGCCAUACGCUAACGGCUGUGGCAGCUGUUGGAGAGGAAGGCACGACGGGUUUCAUUGGACCUAGGUUGAUUCUGUUUGGUGGUGCCACUGCGCUUGAGGGCAAUUCUGCUGCUUCAGGGACUCCUUCAUCCGCAGGAAGUGCUGGAAUUAGACUAGCAGGUGCUACCGCUGAUGUUCAUUGUUAUGAUGUAUUAACCAAUAAAUGGUCUAGGAUCAUACCCUUUGGGGAACCACCUACACCAAGGGCCGCACAUGUAGCGACUGCUGUAGGAACUAUGGUAGUUAUUCAGGGUGGAAUUGGACCAGCUGGCCUGUCUGCUGAGGAUCUUCAUGUUCUCGACCUCACCCAGCAACGGCCUCGGUGGCAUAGGGUUGUUGUUCAAGGCCCUGGACCAGGGCCUCGCUAUGGGCAUGUUAUGGCUUUGGUUGGGCAAAGGUAUCUCAUGGCAAUUGGUGGCAAUGAUGGGAAGCGGCCUUUGGCUGAUGUGUGGGCCCUGGACACAGCUGCAAAACCAUAUGAAUGGCGUAAAUUAGAACCAGAAGGCGAGGGUCCACCACCAUGCAUGUAUGCUACUGCAAGCGCACGCUCUGAUGGUCUUCUUCUACUUUGUGGAGGGAGGGAUGCAAGUAGUGUGCCAUUGGCAAGCGCAUAUGGGCUGGCAAAACAUAGGGAUGGUCGCUGGGAGUGGGCAAUUGCUCCAGGCGUCUCACCAUCACCAAGAUAUCAACAUGCAGCAGUCUUUGUCAAUGCCCGCCUUCAUGUAUCUGGUGGGGCACUGGGGGGUGGGCGCAUGGUGGAAGACUCAUCAAGUGUUGCAGUGUUGGAUACUGCAGCUGGAGUUUGGUGUGAUACCAAAUCUGUUGUUACCAGUCCAAGGACAGGGAGAUACAGUGCUGAUGCUGCUGGUGGAGAUGCUUCUGUUGAGUUGACAAGGCGUUGCAGGCAUGCAGCUGCUGCUGUUGGUGACUUAAUAUUUAUUUAUGGUGGUUUACGUGGUGGUGUAUUGCUUGAUGACCUCCUAGUUGCUGAGGAUCUGGCAGCUGCUGAGACAACAUCUGCAGCUUCACAUGCUGCAGCUGCAGCUGCUGCAUCUAAUGUUCAGGCAGGUCGGUUACCUGGAAGGUAUGGAUUUGUUGAUGAAAGAACAAGCCAGACUAUGUCUGAAGCAGUGCAAGAUGGGGCGGUUGUGCUGGCUAAUCCAGUUGCUCCUCCGGUAAAUGGGGACAUAUAUACGGAUAUAAGCACUGAAAAUGCUAUGCUCCAAGGAUCCCGGCGAAUAACCAAAGGUGUUGAGUCUUUGGUUGAAGCAUCGGCUGCAGAGGCUGAAGCUAUUAGUGCUACCUGGGCUGCUGCCAAGGCACGGCAGGUUAAUGGUGAAGUGGAACAGCCAGAAAGGAAUGGCGAAGCAGAUGCUACACCUAGUGGGAAACAAAUGUCUACCUUGAUUAAGAUGCCUGAUUCUGCUGGAUCAAAUAAUGUUGCUUCAGCUGGAGUUAGGCUGCAUCACAGAGCUGUUGUAGUAGCUGCAGAGACUGGUGGGGCUCUAGGUGGCAUGGUCAGACAACUUUCAAUUGAUCAGUUUGAAAAUGAAGGCAGACGGGUCAGCUAUGGGACACCAGAGAGUGCAAGUGCAGCAAGGAAACUAUUAGAUCGGCAGAUGUCUAUCAAUAGUGUGCCAAAAAAAGUAAUUGCACAUCUUUUGAAGCCUCGUGGUUGGAAGCCUCCAGUUCGCCGACAAUUUUUCUUAGAUUGUAAUGAAAUAGCAGAUCUUUGUGACAGCGCUGAGCGGAUAUUUUCAAGUGAACCAACUGUUUUACAGCUGAAAGCUCCUAUUAAAAUAUUUGGUGAUCUACAUGGGCAGUUUGGGGAUCUCAUGCGCCUUUUUGAUGAGUAUGGUGCACCUUCAACAGCUGGGGACAUUGCAUAUAUUGAUUAUCUCUUCCUAGGAGAUUAUGUGGACCGGGGCCAACACAGCUUGGAGACGAUCACUCUUCUUCUUGCUUUGAAGGUUGAGUAUCCUCAUAAUGUACAUUUAAUUCGUGGGAACCAUGAAGCUGCUGAUAUAAAUGCACUUUUUGGCUUUAGGAUUGAGUGCAUAGAACGCAUGGGUGAAAGAGAUGGAAUAUGGGCAUGGCAUCGGAUAAACCGUCUAUUUAAUUGGCUUCCUUUGGCUGCUCUAAUUGAAAAGAAAAUCAUUUGUAUGCAUGGUGGUAUUGGUCGGUCAAUAAAUCAUGUGGAACAAAUUGAGAAUAUACAGCGUCCUAUUACAAUGGAAGCAGGAUCAAUUGUGCUUAUGGAUCUAUUAUGGUCUGAUCCAACAGAAAAUGACAGUGUAGAAGGUUUACGGCCAAAUGCUAGAGGUCCAGGGUUGGUUACAUUUGGGCCUGAUCGUGUUAUGGAAUUCUGCAAUAACAAUGAUCUUCAGUUGAUUGUCCGUGCCCAUGAAUGUGUGAUGGAUGGCUUUGAGCGUUUUGCUCAGGGACAUCUUAUCACACUUUUUUCAGCUACCAAUUAUUGCGGCACAGCGAAUAAUGCUGGUGCAAUCUUAGUUUUGGGAAGAGAUCUUGUUGUGGUACCAAAACUCAUUCAUCCUUUACCACCAGCAAUUUCAUCACCAGAAACAUCACCAGAACGCCACACAGAGGAUACAUGGAUGCAGGAGCUGAAUGCAAAUAGGCCUCCUACACCUACUAGAGGUCGUCCUCAAUCAACAACUGACCGGGGCUCUCUUGCUUGGAUAUGAUAGAUAGAUCCUACUAAUUCCUAUACACUCAUUCCAGGCUCAUGCUACCACCUGGGAUUUCUGGUGUUCUGUAUAGAGCAUGAUGCCAUAUACUGGAAUUUCCGAACCUUGUGUUCUCUCUUGUUUUCAAAGGCUUUAUGACAUUUUGCCUGUCGCCAGUUUUGACCACACAGUAGGCCUUGAGAUGAUGAAGAUGAAAGUUUGAGAUUGGGAUUGGAGGAGGCGGGUAGGUGUUACAUACAAUCAUCAUGAGUUAAAAGUUGCAGUCUGGGAUCUGUAUGCUUUGUAAAUGAAGCCACGGGCAGGUAGGAGCACAGCUUGUGGUGGUUUUUUCUCAUGGGUUGGUACUUGGUAGUGAUGGGUAUUCUUCCUCAUUAGUUGUUUUUAUAAUUUUUGAUAUUCCUCGUUUUAGGUCUAAUAUUUUUUCUCUUUCAAGAGAACAGGAGGUCCCCUAAAUGUAAUGGUGAGAUAUAUAUAUUAUAUGAUAUUAAAAUCUUUGUGGGCGUCCUUGUAUCAUAGAGGUGUUGAUUUGUGUAAUCCUUAGUUCUGCUUUGUACAAUGUAACGUUUGUGUGAAGAUAAACAACUUUUGUCCUACAUAAAAUUAUGGAAGUUUU